GUUCAGCUUCCUGAACUGCGGGGAGCUUGGCGGGCGGUCGCUGCAAGCUGGGAGUAGGCCGCAGAGGUCUUGAGUUCAGGCGUCCCGACUCCCGUGUAGCUGUCGCGAUGUCUUUCUCCCAGGCCGGGGCCCGGCCGCGGAUGUGGGAAGCCAGCCAGUCAGAACACAAGAAGUGGGUGGAAGUAUUUAAAGCAUGCGAUGAAGAAAACAAAGGCUAUCUAAGCAGAGAGGACUUUAAAGUUGCUGUUGUAAUGCUGUUUGGAUACAAGCCCUCCAAGAUAGAAGCUGAUUCUGCGAUGUCCUCAGUAGAGCCAAACACUUCCGGGAUAUUACUUAAGGAGUUUUUAGACAUUGUAAGGAAAAAGAAGGAAGCUCAACUAUAUCGGAAUGAAAUAAGACACAUCUUCACAGCUUUUGACAGGCACUAUCGUGGAUAUUUAACGCUGGAAGAUUUCGAAAAAGCAUUUAAGCAGGUGGCUCCCAAGUUAUCGGAAAGGAUUAUUCUCGAGGUAUUCAGGGAAGUAGACCAAGACUCAGAUGGUCACGUCAGCUUUAAAGACUUCGAAUAUGCCAUGAACUAUGGACAAAACCUCCCUGAUCCUCAGCAGUUCCUAGUGUCAGGAACUGCCAGUGGUACCAGUUUCCUUCACGCAUUCAGCUUUGGUUGAACAAAUAAUAGCAUGUACAUGCAACUGAGUGUUGACUGCGUUCCAAGCAAUGAGCAAGGCUUUUGGAAAACAAAGUUAAGACUUCUCUAAGACAGCGUAUCCUUAGUAGUCAUCAAAAAUCAUCGUCGCAAAAAUGGCCCUAGGGCGCUGGCUGUGCAAGAUGGAAAAACCAGAUUGAGCUGACAUUAGUGUAAGUCUUCUCCAGCUGCAUACAGAGGAAGAACAGGGUGCAGUAAGGAUAUCGGAGGCAAAAGACUUACCCGCAGAACCCAUUAGAAUGGCCUGGGCCUGGGGUUCCUGCAGCAGAACAACAAGCCCUGGGCUGCCCGGUUGCCGUCUGCUGUACCCUCCCUGGUUCUGGGCGGCUCUGCCCUGCAACAAGAGCCUUAGCCAUCUGUGUUCCCGUCCUCUGUUUUCUGCCCAUCCAUACCUGGGAUCCGGGGACUGCUGUCCUAGAACAAAAACUGUGACCCUGGACAUUCAGCACUUAUUUUCAAUAAAUACUCAUAUCAAUACUAAUAUUUUACCUGUAAAUGUUCAGAAUGCUAAACAUUAACAGCACUGUGAAAACAUCUAAUAUAAUUCAAAUUUUAAAAGUAUUAAAGGUCAAGGAAGUAUGUACAUUUGUCAAAGAGAAACAUUAAAUAAGCAUCCUUCUGACACAAAGUAUUAGCAGAUAAACUUAAUAAGCUGUCAUAAAUCAGAGACGCCUAAAGAGACAUAACAGCUAAAUGUAAUUUGGUGUUCUGGAGGGGAUCCUGGAAUAGAAGAAAGGACAUUAGGCAAACACUAGUAAGGUAUGGACUUCAGUUCAUAAUGCUGUAUCAAUAUUGGUUCAUUAAUUGUGACAAAUGUACCAUACUCAUAGGAAAUGUUCAUCAUAGGGGAAGGUGAGUGAGUACAUGGGAACUCUCUGUUCUAUCUUCGCAAUCUUUCUAUAAACCUAAAACCAUUCCAAAAUAAAAAGGUUUUUUAUUUAAAAACUAUUCCAAAAUAAAAAGACUUUAUUAAAAAAUAAAGUCUUAUUCCAAAAUUAGCAUACUAGACACUAUCUAACAUGAAGAAAACUUUGAAAAUCAUUAAGAAGUACACAUGACAUAUUAUUUCAAGAACGAAGUGGAUCCAUGGUAUCAUUGAGCACCACGUGCGUUUUAGGACACAUUGUUCUGGCUGAUGAAAAGCCCUUUCUGACUUUGGGUAGAGUUUUAUCCAGCAAGUAUUUUCAUCAUAAAUUGAAGAGUUGAGUCAUUGGUCCUCAUCUCAGUACGUAAGUGAUACUGCUUUUAGAUUUUUAAAAUAUAAAAAUUGGAGUAAUCUACCAACAAAAUGCUUAUAUUUCAGUAAUUGCCAGAAUACCAAAACCUUGUACUGCAAUCACUAUUUGGACCUUAUUUCUUCCUGUAAACAUGACAAGAGAGAGGGAGAGGUCACGUCCUCCCGUUGAGUGGCAGGCAGGAGGCCAGUGUGGGAAGAGCUAUUGGGCAGCUGCCUUGAUCCGGGAUUAGUCCAGGCUCUCUUCGGUCUCAGUGAGGUCUCAAUGACAGAAACCUACCCAGACCAGCUUAGACAGAAAAGGAAUUUACUAGAAAAUACUGGGCUAGCUUACACAGUCCAACAUAGGAAGGGCAGUGGUGCAGCUGGGUUUCCAGGAAGAUAAGAACAAGCAACACAGACACCUCCGGACCCUGCCCCUGUCCCGUGGCCACCGCAGCCUCACACCAUUCUAAAAAGGAAUGGGCCCGUCAUCUGUGCGAGCGCAAAGACCCUAGAAAGAGGCUUCAGUUGGCCCCUGGGUCAGUCAACUCUGAUUCAUCUUGAGGGUGUAGGCUUGGUCCCUAGGCACUCAGCCAGGUGUGCUGACGGCUGGUCACAGGAGGGGAAGUUGAUAAGAGCUGGGCGGCCAUCCCCUGUUCUUUUUGAGAAGAAAGCAGUAUGACCUGGACCUUCUCUAGGAGGGAGAGCACCUUGAGGAUUUGAUGCUUUGGAGGGCCCAGGCUCUCAGGGCAGAGCACAGACCAAAAGAAGGGGCAGUGAGAAGCUGCUCAUGUCACCUUUCCUCCUUACCACUCCUCCUACACUCAGUCCAAAUCCUUGUCUUGUAAGCUUUGCCCCAGCUUCUCACUUCCAGGCCCCUGCCCCACCCUCGUCCCCAAGCCACAUGAUGCUGUCUGCAGUGUGACCCUGUUGGUCUCCCUUCAGUUGCAUGGCCCAGGGAUGGGCAUCUAUGCAAGCUGAUCAGCUCGGUCUCUCCCCGUGGAAGACCUCGGGAGUGAGAGUGAGGGAGGCGGAACAGCGCUUCUCCGGCCGAAUGAGUGGUUAUGACUCAGGGGCGAGGGGCAGACGUGUUUGCCACCAUCUGGCCUGGAAAACCAAGGCAGCUGGUUUGCAGUGAGAGCAGAAAAUGAAACAGACACCAAGAGGGGAACAAGAGAGGAACUAGAGAAACCCAUGGUACUGGAUUUCUGAUUAAAGCUUAUACACAAGGCCCAGUCAUAACCCUUUGGGUCCUAUGAGGUAACUGUAUCCUUCCAAUAAAUCUUUCUGCUCAAGCCAGCUGGAGUUGCUUUCUGUUAUCUGAAACCAAGAGAACCCUAACUGUUACAAGCAUAGAGCCAAGGACAGACACUAGGUAACAUCAACAUUUACUGGGGCGGCAGAGAAAAGAGUCUUCUAAAUAGACUAAGAAGAAGCAGUCAAGAUGGAAGAGGAAGCUGUCACCAGAUCUCUCUCGCUGAUACCUCUGCCUCUACCUGAUCUUUCACUAUGACCAGCUCCAGUCUUCCCCUGUGGCAACAGCUCUCUCUCGGAGAUCACCAGUGAUUUCCAGUGGCCAAACCCACGAGCCCCUCUCGGACCCCAUCACACUUGUCCUUUCUCUUGGGUCCUUCUCUCUUUAGCCUCCAUAGCACUGCUCUCUCGUGGUAUUUCUGUGCCCAUUCUUCCCUGACUCUCUUUUCCUGUAUCUUCAACCAUCUCGUAAGUGUUAGUAUUCUCCAGGGUACUCUAAUUGGCCACUCUUCUUUAUUUAUUUAUUUUUUAAUAAAUUUAUUUAUUUAUUUUUGGUUGCGUUGGGUCUUCGUUGCUGCAUGUGGGCUUUCUCUAGGAGCGGCGAGCAAGGGCCACUCUUCAUUGCGAUGUGCAGGCUUCUCAUUGCAGUGGCUUCUCUUGUUGCAGAGCACGGGCUCUAGGUGCACAAGCUUCAGUAGUUGUGGCAUGCGGGCUUCAGUAGUUGUGGCACACGGGCUUAGUUGCUCCGCAGCAUGUGGCAUCUUCCCGGACCAGGACUUGAACCCGUGCCCCCUACAUUGGCAGGCAGAUUCUUAACCACUGCGCCACCAGGGGAGUCCUUGGCCACUCUUCUUGAUCAACACAUUCUCCAAGGAUGAUUUCAUUCUCUCCCAAGACUUCAGCUGUCACCUUUAUGGGUGUGACUCCACCAACCAAACUUUAUCUUUCGUCUUGAUCUCUGCUGCACCCAGACCUGUGUUUUCAUUUGCCGGUUGGACGUUUUCACCUCAACCCAAGCUCACUGAACUAAAAUCAGACUCAUUGUUUUCUCUGAUUUCCAAAAUUGGCUUCUCAUUCUGUGUUUUCUAUUUCUGUUAAUGGCAUCCAUCCCAUCCCCCGCCCCAAGCUCUCAUCUGAACCAGACACCUAGGAAUUUCUUUCAAAUCUCCCCUAGCCUCCUUCACUGUGACAUCCAGUCAGUCACUGCAUCCUUUGAGUCUGCAUCUGCAAAAACUUUCAUGACAUUUCCUUCCAUCCAUCAUGAUCUCUCGGCCCAUGUUCUUAUUCCCACUCCCAUCCGUCCAUCGGUCCAUAUGUUCUUCUAUUCAUUGCUGUAAAGAUGAGUAAAGGGUGUGGUGAUAAGUAAGAAAUAGACCCCACUGUCAUGAAAUUUAGUCCAGCAUGUCAGUUAUCUUCUCAAAGCACAAAUAGAAUUUUUUUUUCUCUGCUCAGAAGCUUUAAUAGCCAUCUUUACUAUUGGGUCAUGUCUAACCCUUAAUGUGCCAUUCAAAGCCCUCUACAGUCUUGUCUCCACUUGUCUGUUCAGCUUUAUCUUUCACGACUACCUCUACCAUACCAUCCCACAACCAGGCAACUCACACACACACAUACAAGUCCCUUAGCCUAAAAACACCAAAAUAACAACUAGAUCUUUGCCCCAAAUAGAAAUAUUAACAAAUAACCUUGGAAUUCAUAUCUGAUGAGGUAAUAGGGAAAUACACCAUAAGAUAAAAUUCCAUUUAAAAAAACAUUGGGCCACCUUCAUCCUAGUGAAUUUGUUUUUUAAUUUUUUUUGGAGUGUAGUUGCUUUACAAUGUUGUGUUAGUUUCUGCUGUACAGCAAAGUGAAUCAGCUAUAUGUAUACAUAUAUCCCUCUUUUUUGGAUUUCCUUCCCAUUUAGGUCACCACAGAGGAUUGAGUAGCAUUCCCUGUGCUAUACAGUAGGUUCUCAUUAGUUAUCUAUUUUAGGUAUAUUAGUGUCCUAAUGAAUAUUUUUCCUUCCCCAUUGUCACCUUCGGGGGGGAAAGGGGGGCUAAUUUUGCUGGGUAUUUUGUAUUAUUUUAUUUUAUUCUUGAAAAUUGAUGAGAUAGACAUUAGCAUCCUCUCUUAUAAAUGAGGAAACCACCUCAGAGAGUCUAAGUAACGUGGCUCAGGCCAGGUGAUGGCGAUGGGUGGAGUGUCAGGGUGGAGAUCCAAACCUGUCAGCCUGACUAAGCAUAAAUAACUGCUAUCAUGCUACAUCACCUCCAGUGGGAAAAUCAUCUAUGACACUGGUCCGUAUUCUUUGGUCACACUUUGUUUUUGAUCCAGAAUGAGUUUAUCCAGAUUCAUUGGCCAUCCCAGGUCAAGCUUCUAUCACAUGGUAGGUAUUAAAUACUAAUUCCCAUCUUACACAUCACCAAGCUUAAUCCAAAUUACAUUGGGUUAUUAAUCAAAUCCACUUUCAAAAGACAAAGAUUUGCCACCAGAGACAAUAUCUUUUAAAAUGUGCUGCCGGCUCUAAAGGCGGUUUUCAAAGAGGAUUUCUAGAAAUGCUCUGAACAAUGGAGGCAUUUUUGAAAUAGAUGUGCAUCCUUAUUGGGCAACACUCACUUAUGUGUGUAAAUUCUAAACAGCAGUUUUCAACAGUCACGGUACUUGGGGUUCACGCUUCACUUACGGAAUUUUAAUUUCGGGUUAAUAAAAACAGUUGCUUUCCUUUUUCUUGUAACUUUUGAGAAAUCUGUUUAGAACUGUGGAAUUAGACAGUUAAAACCCACACAAAUGGAAAUGUAAUGGCAUUAGGGAUAGCAGCUCACAAAGUGACCUUUCUUACAAAACAAAUUUAAAUUGGCUUGGCCACGUGGAUUCAAAAGUGGCUGAAAACAGUUUAACAUAAUAAAAUAUGGAGUUCAAUCUAAAUUUCUCUUCGAUUGCUAAAUUGGUAAAAUGCUCAGAAGGGUGAAUCAAAAAGAACAUUACCCUAACUUCACAGAAAAUGCAGAUUAAUUUAUAUGAAAACAUAAACUGAAAUCCAAAUAUACUCCUUAUUUUAUGAUUUACUGAUCCUUGGCAGGGAAAGAAAACUUCAAAGGAGAACAAAGCAGUUAGGUUUGCUGUAGUAUAUUAAUUAGGAAGAACAAUUUCAAUAAUAUUAAAUUUUUACAGAAAAACUGACCAAGGGUCUGGAAGUACAUCGCAAGUAUUAUAAUAAUAGUCACUGUAAAGUAGAAGCCAGGUUUGGUCAUCUUCUUUGUUUUAAAGAAGGAAGCCAACCUUGACUUUAAAUGAUGUUUCUAAGGUUAAACAUGCCAGAAAUAGUGCUUGAGUCAACUUCUUUACCAAGCAUUCUCUACUGCUACUUAUAUUGGACUGCUUAUGGGAUGAGGUUUAUUCAUUGUCUUUCUUUUUUCCCCCUUUUUCCCUUCCCUCCCUUCCUCCCUCCUUCCUUCCUUUCUUUCUUCCUUCCUUUCCUCCCUCCCUCCCGCCCUUCCUGCCUUUGUUUCUA